AUGGAGGGCAGGAACGUGAAUCUGAAUGAGUUUGUGGAGAUUGAGGAGCCCGAGGUAUGGUCGGGCCCUCAUGCUGCCACCUCUCGAGGACAAGGCGGCUCUCUGAGGCUUAGAGGAGCUCCCUUCCUCGAGGAUUCUGGAGAAGAGAAGCUCACGAAUAUCAUCCCCGGUCAAGUGAGCUCUUCCGAAACCGAGUUUGUGGAGGAAUCAGCUCCCGACCUGCAGCUGAUUGAGCCCAAGUUCGGCUCCUUCAUCCCCCUGGAAGAGUUUCAGGAAGCAGUUGAGGACGACCUGGGUGGGAACUAUGAUGAGCUGUGGAAAAAAGACGCGAGCGAGGAGAAGAAGAAGUCCUUCGUUCCUCCCGUUGAGUUCAAGACGGUGGUAGAGGACGACAUCCCCGAUGACGAUGGCGCGAGGUUCGGGACAGAGAAAGAUGCUCGUCGCAAUCAGAAUCGCCUUGACCUGCAGGAUGUGGAGAAGCGCCUUAGCCGCGUUGAUGCAGCUGUCUCCACGCUGGCAAAGGAGCUUGCUGAACAGGAGGAGAUCAACCAGAAGCUGAAGAAGCAGCUGAAGAGGCUUCGGACAGACAAAGUUGAGCUGGAGGAGCGGCUCGAGGAUUGGAACGUGCAGACACAGGAGCGAGGGCUUGUGAAGGCAUCGAAUGCUGCAGAGGAGAAGAAGUUCAGGGAGGUGGAAGCUCGCAUCAAGAGAGAGGAAGCAAGGCGCAGGGCGAUGGAGCUCGGACUCGAGUAUGAACAGGAGGACGAUAUGACGCAGUCCACAGCACUCGGGAUCAUGAAGUUGCUGAGGAUUCGACUGCGAGCUUUCAAGACUUCUCUAAGACAGCAUGACAUAUUGUACAGACAAUCACGUGCAGCAGAGAGCAGGUUCGGGUCCGGUGUCUCUCUCUACUUCUGGUUCUACCGUUGGAUCUUGCAAACGACCAUGUGGACUGUGAUCCUCCUUUGGCUCUUCGUCUUCAUAUUCCACUUCAUCAGAUACUUGAGCACCCGCAGUUUCAAAAUGAUUUCGAUCUACCCGCAAUUCUUCUUCUUCUCUACUGUCGACACAAGCAUGUCCACUAUCUAUGCAUCCUUUCUGUUCGCUUCUGUUGGAUCGAUCGUUCUCUUGGCAAGCUACAAGGUCACCGUGGAAUACGGCAAGAUGUUUGACAUCGAAGUACAAAACUGGGGGAAGGAGCCGCAGCGAUAUGCGAAACUUGCUUUCACGGCAUGGGACUGGGCCAUUGCAGACGAUUCGGCAGCUCAGGACAUGAAAGAUGCUAUCUCUCAGAAUUUUCGAAUUCUCAAGUUCGAGGACGAGCUCGCCGACAGGAUUCGCAACAGGAGCCAACAGGAGUGGACGAGGCUGUAUGUCAAGAGGAGCGUUUCACUCUUCUUCAACUUCAUCGCGCUGGCUGGAGGAUGGUCCACCAUAAUUGUCUCAAAGUUCAUCCUCUUCACAGGGAGAGUUAACAACUCCUCCGGUCUCACCGGCCAGCUCCUCGCCCUUGUGCCCAACAUCAUCCCCUCUGCUGUCAACGGCAUCAUGCCACAGGUGGUCGAUUUCUGCGUUGACUUCGAGGAGUGGGACGACCCUGCCUUCGUGCUCAAGAUGAGAGUCUCCCGACUCUACGCCGCAAAGAUCCUGAACGCGCUGAUCCAGGUCGCGCUCGUUUUCAUCCUCUUCCAUGGAGCAGACAACCUUGGCCUCCAGCGCGUCCUCCUCCGUAGCUGUUCUUACCUGACAUGCGAAGAUCAGGCUGGCUCGACUUUCUUUGCGCUAUUCUACACGGACGUUAUCAUCAACAUGGCUACUGCAUAUGGAUUCGCAGUUGGAUUCCACUUCCUGUACACCAAGAUCCUCAACAAACCCAGCCUGGCCAAGGACGAGUUUCGACCUUCGGCCCAGAUCAUCAAAGUGCUGUAUCAACAAAUCUUCCUCUGGCUCUCGCUGCCCCACUUUCCCUUUGCCAUUUUCAUUGGAUUCAUUCUUUGGUUCCUGCAGUUCCAGGUUGACUCUUACAUCCUCUUCAACUACAACGCAAAGCCGGUCAGACCCUUUGACGUCAAGGAUGGGGGAGUCUACUUCGCCCUCUUCUACUCCUUCACCUUGUUUCUCUUCCUUGGCUGGUUCUACUACGUAUGGUUCAUUUUCUCCUCGAGCACAUCGGAUCUGCUGUGCUGUAGGCUUACAGAGCUUGUCGCUUCUGGCAAUGGAACGAGCGGCGCUUGCUUCGCAGUCAACAUCACAGCCUCCACCUGCCUCUCAGAUGCCCUCAAGACAAAUAGCGUUGCAGAGUCGGCAUCUACCAACUAUCUCUUCUACUCAUCUUCUCCUGCCUCUGUUGUUGCCGCCGACAUACAGUCAAACUUGUUCUUCUCUCCCCUACUCCAGGCUGUUCAGACUCCGCUGCUCGCCUGGUUCCUGGUUUCUCUCAUCCUCGUGCUGUUCUUCGCUGAGAGAUCUUACGUGCAAGUCCUCGAAAAAUACAAGGAGGAAAAGAUUAAUGAGCUAAACCUCCAGCAGACCAUGCUGCAGAGGCAGAUCCGAGGCAAGGAAAGGAGAAUAUCCUUCGCAGGAUCAACCAUUCAGUAAGUCGGG